CCUAUUGCGCAUGAUUUCGUCGUCCUGAGGAGGAGGGCGAAUUUUGGGGUCAGGUUGGAGCAAUAGGUGUUUGACAUUUUAGGGAUAAAAUUAAUGGCUUUACGGUUUAUUCGGUUGUUAAUCCCAUCGGGUGCAACCGCCUUCAGAGCAGGAUCUGCGGUGCCCACGUCCAGGAUCCACUCUGGCGUCCCCAGCAACCUGCAGUAUGGGUGGUGGGCUUACGUACUGGGUGAGAGGACCACCCCCAGGUUCAACAAGAACAGCAAGAUCAUCACCGUCGAUGGCAAUCUAGCUUCAGGGAAAGGGACUCUAGCGCAAAAGCUGGCUGACAGGCUGGGGAUGCUGUACGUGUCUGAGCCCGACAUUCACUACCUGGACAAAAUGACGGGAGAGAAAGAGCUGCUUGACUCACGCUUCAACGGGAACUGCAGCCUUGAGAAGUUCUACACCGACCCCAUGUCCGCAGACGGGAACUCGUACCGGCUGCAGUCCUGGAUGUACCAUGUCCGGACCCUGCACUACGCUGAUGCCAUUGAGCACUUGCUCACCACAGGUCAAGGAGUAAUCAUGGAGCGAUCCCCAUACAGUGACAUGGUUUUCUUGGAGGCAAUGGCCAAUCGAGGCUACAUCCGGAAGCAGUGUGUGGACCAUUACAAUGAAAUCAAAAACAUCAGUAUCUGUGAGUUCCUGCCCCCUCACCUGGUCAUCUAUGUGGACGUCCCGGCUGAGGACGUACAGAAGAAAAUUAAGCAGACGGGCAAGGCCUACCUGCAGAAUGUCCCUUUGGCCUAUCUGAAGAGCAUCGAGGACGCCUACAAGAAGUCCUUCCUUCCCAAAAUCAGUGAGCACUGUGAGGUACUGGCCUAUGACGCAGUUCAAGCACAGGAUAUUGAGAAGGUGGUGGAAGACAUAGAGUACCUGAAGUUUGAAAAGGGACCAUGGCCAGAGCAGGAUGAUGUCUCCUUCCACCACUUGCGAAUGCUGGUUGAAGACAAGCAGAAGGUUGCUGACCUCACAUGCAUCGCUCACUUCCUGCCCGAAGUGACUAUUGGAGCUCACGAAUACGACGAGACCUACUACGCCUACAAGUCGCUCCCAGGAAAGCAGUACGCUCCCGGUUACAAUGAGGACGUCGGGGACAAGAACAUCUGGCUGAAGUGAAACGCAGAUGAAACACCUGCACCAGGACAGCGGAGGGGCAUGGCCGCCAUCUUUAAAUAAAUCCACUUACCAAACAAUUGUGGGAAAGCUGCUUUGGGUCCUUGGUUGGAGCCAAGCAGGUUUUCCUUUCCUCUGAUCCUGUUCUAUGUAUUAACAAAUAAGUUAUAUCUCAUUGAUUGUGCGCUUAAAAGAAAUAUAAAACUUUAUUAAAAAAUGAAA